CUCCGCAGCAGCUGCGCCGUCUGGACGCGCGGCUGGCGAGCACCCGGCAGCGCGCCCGCCGCCGCGCCGUCCGGCUCAACUACGUCGUGCACAGGUACCGCGUGGUGACGCACCUGACCCUGGUGGAGGAGACGGUGCACGUGUGGACGGUGCGGCUGGCGCGGCGGGCGCCGGGGCCGCGCGUCGCCGCCGAGGCCGGCGCUCUGCUGGCCGACGGCGGCCUCCUGCACGACUUCGACAAGCCGCUGCUGGAGAUGCGCCAGGCGGCCGAUGACCUGAUCCGUGACGGUGACGUCAGUGCUGACGAGAAGAAGGCUGCGACCCACUUCGUUGACGAGGUCACCACCAGAUGGCAGCCGCUAUCCACUGAAGUACAGUCGCUGACAUCGACCCUGGAGGAGAUGCUCUGCGAUGUGAAGAAGAUGACGCCGGCCUCGGACGACAAGACCGCGGCCGCGCCCGAAGCCACCGGAGACGAGACCCCGCAGUCGGAGGAGGUGCCGGUGUCGGAGGGCCUGCUGGCCGCGGCGCCGGCCGCCCGCAGCGGUGACAUGGUCAGCGACCUGGACUGCGUCAUCAGCCAGCUGGAGGGCCUGCAGCAGCGCGUCGCCGGCCUCCGGCAGGUGGCAGAGGUCCGGAAACAGCAACAGCAGCGUCAGCAGCAGCAGCGGCAGCAGCAGCAGCAGCAGCAGCAGGCGCUGCCGACAAACGCGAGCCCAGCCGCCGGAGGAGUGCAGCCGGACUCGGGCAGCUCAGCUCCCGCCCCUGGUGGUCAGCAGAUCGAGAGCAGAGCGGGCGGCAGCGGAGACACGCCGGAUGACCGGCGCCGGUUCUCCGAGCUCCACGAGGCCGUGCAGCAGUGGCUGCGGCAGCAGCAGCCGCUGGUACAGCAGCCACUGGAGGUCAACACGCUGCCGGAGCUCCGGACCGCGCUGGCACGGUGCAAGGCGGCGGUGGGGGAGUGUCCGGAGGUCGCCCGCCAGCUCAGCGAGAUGGCGACCGAGCAGACUUCUCUCAGCCCGGCCCCGUCGACACCCACGCCAGCCGCGCUGCUCGAGGACUGCAAGCAGCGGAAGGACGCGACUGAGGCCGCCCUCAACAGCCGGCUGUUGCUGCUUCAAGAGGUGAUUGGUGCGUUGGAGCGUUGCGAGGGCGCCAUGAUGGACGUGGAGGCGUGGUGCAAGACCACGCGGGUGUCGCUGUCGCCGCGGGAGGCGUCCCAGCGGCCGCUCGACCAGCAGCUUGCCACCGUCGAGAAACUCUGCCAGGACAUCGACGUCAGAGAGGCUCAGGUGGCGACCAGCGGGGAUCAAGUCAAGCUCCUGCUGGACUCUGGGGGCGUCUCCGGAGCCGCCACCGUCCCGGCCAGGCGUGCCGGGCUGCUGCAGCAGCUGACCGAGCUGCGGACAGCCGCCGCCGACCGCCGCGCCCUCCUGCGCCGCAGCGUCUCGCAGCUGGACCAGCAGCGCCAGGAGGUGCAGAGGCUGCGGGGUGAGCUGGAGCGGCCCGAGCAGCCCGCCGCGGCGGGCCCACCGUCCGCCCCGGCCGCCGAGCAGCCAGCGACGCCGGCUGCAGUUCCGACCGGCGUCAGCGACGAGCCGCCUGCCGCCGCCGCCGUCAAGACUCAGGACAUUGAGAAGUCUGUGAAUGAGUUGGAGGCGUCUGCCUCGCAGCUCGCCGAAAGCCCUGAACGUGACAGUCUGCUGGUGGAUGUGACCGAUCUGCGACACCGCCUGACUGACCUUCGAGGUCACUACAGGCCACAACAGAUAAUGGACAAAAGCCAAAAGCGGCCGAGGCGUCGGUCGAAGAAGUCUGCCUCUCCGGGUGAGUCAUUGCAAGAGACACGCGUUGACGAGCGGGGAAACACUCAUCGCGUCGAACGUUCUACCAGCUCCGAGAUCGCCCAGUCGCUGGAUGAGACAGGCGCACCUGUGUUCGUCGAGCAGGUGCGCACGGAGGUGCGCAGCGACAGCAAACCGGUCGCUCGUCAGCCGCAGGUGAAGACGAGUGAGGAGCGCCUGCUGGAUGCCGAGGGGCGGCCGACUGUGGCGACCACCACUACCACCACCACCUACGAGGACACAGUGGACGCCGAGGGUCGGCCGGUGGUGGUGCGUCGCGUGACUGAACGCGUCUGCCGCCAGACAGACGGCCAGCCGCCGCAGGUGACCGAGUCGGAGAGGAGCGAGGCUCUGUCCCCCGACGAGUGGAGCCGGCAGCAGCUGGAGCCCGAGCUGCCCGAGCCCAGUGUACGGACCGAGGUGGAGGAGUACGAGGACGAGCUGGGCCGCCGUGUGGUCAUCACCACCACCGUGACCAGCACGUUCGAGCGACAAGAGAACGCUGACAACGAGGUGGUGAUCCUGGAGCGCGUGCAUCGUCGUCGUCAGAAGACCGUGUACUUAGACGGCCAGGUGGUGGAGGAGAGCGAGCUGGACUCGCCGCCUUCGGAGCCGCCCAGUGGGUCGGCGCCGGUGGUCGAGUAUGUCAGUGAGGAUUUCGAGCUGCCGGAGCCCAAGACGGAGACGCGAACGGAAGAGUACGAGGAUGCCGAAGGACGGCGGGUCGUUGUGACGACGACGAUUACGACAACGUACGAACAGACGGACGACGACGAGGGGAAUACUGUCAUUUUGGAAAAGGUUCAUCGGCGAGUGCAGAGAACGAUUUAUGUGGACGGAGAAGUGGUCUCAGAGCAGCUGGAGGAGCCAGACGCCGGACCAGAUGCAAAGGACUCGAAUGUUAUGUACGUCGAUGAAAACUUUCAGAUUCCUGAACCGUCCGAAACUACUAAUGUGCAAGAGUUCGUUGACGAAGAAGGCAGGCGCGUUGUUGUGCGAACUACCAUUAGGACCGCAUAUGAAGAGACUGAAGAUGAGGAUGGAAGUCCUCUAAUCCUUGAGAAGAUACAGAAAAGGGUGCAGAGAACAGUGUACGUUGAUGGUAAGAUUGUCGAAGAGACUAUUGAUGCCCCGGAUGAUGUAGAAGAGAACAUCGAAUUGCCUCCAUCAACUGAGAGGGAGGAGGUGGAGGAGCACGUCGAUGACCUUGGCAGGAGAGUUGUGAUACGAUCUGUUUAUACCACAACAUAUGAACAAGACAGGGAUGGAGAUGGAAAUGUGGUGAUAUUAGAGAAGGUCCAGAAAAGGGUAUUCCGUACCGUGUUCGUUGAUGGUAAAGAGAUUGUUGAAGAGAUUCGGGACCCUUCGAGGAAGAAAUCUGUUGAAUAUGUACUUGAGAUCCCCGAGCCGAAAACCGAAGAACACGUCGAAUCUCGGGUCGAUGAGAACGGAAGAAGAGUUACGAUCAAGACCAUCACAAGAACGACGUACGAGGAGGGCAGAGAUGAUGAUGGGACCCCAGUUAUUCUAGAGAAAGCUCACACCACCAGAAUAACAUACAGGGACGGGGAAGAAGUCGUGGAGGAGACGUCCGCGGAGAACGCUGACCAGUUGACGUGGGACCCUGCACGUGACUUUGUGCUUCCGGAACCGCGUGUCACGGAGGAGGAGCGCGAGUACAUCGACGAACAAGGCCGAACGGUCGUCGAAAAAACCACCACUACUGUCACGUACGAAAAGAAGUGCGAGAGCGACGGAAGCAUCACGGUGCUCGAGAAUGUGUGCCGACGCGUUAUGCAUACGGUAUACGUGGACGGUCAGGUGGUUGAGGUCAUCAAAGAUCCCACACCGGAACCAGACGUAUCACGCAGGUCCCGAACUGACGUCGAAAGUCUUGUAGAAAAACAGCCGCCCACAACGGGUGGUCUCACGAAUACACUCCUGAUCCCGAAGCCGUCAGUUGUUGAAGACGUCGUGGAGCAUACCGAGCCGGAUGGUCGACGGGUUGUCACCAAAACCAUCAUAACAACUACGUAUGAUGCCAUGAUGACCGAGACAGAUGAUGUCGUAGUCUAUGAGAAAGUUCACCGUCGGAUCCUACGCACGGUGUACGAUGGAGACCAACUUGUGGAAGAAGUGGAGGAGCCGACGCCAGAACCGACGGUAACCAAGAAAACUGCGGAGGAAAUUCAUAAGCUCUCAAAGCAAAAUAUGCGUGUGGAUGCCGAACUACCGGAGCCCAAAACGGAAGAAGAGGUCCAGGAGAGCACGGAUGAUCAGGGAAGAAGAAUUGUGACCAAAACAGUGACGACAACGACGUACGAAAAGCAGACUGAUGAUGAAGGCGCCGUGGUGAUUCUGGAAAAAGUGCAGCGACGAGUCUACCGAACAAUUUAUAUUGGAGACCAAGUCAUCGAAGAAGUUGAUGAACCUGUCAGCACCUCUGCUGUGGACAUGCGCGAAGCACCUUUGAAAAAACUCGACAUUCAGGACACAAUGGAGCAGCCAAAGCUGGCGGCGGUUGCAACGGAAAAGGUGAGACUGCCUAAACCAUCGACUACAGAGGACGUUGUCGAACACACAGAGCCUGAUGGACGUCGGGUCGUCACGCGAACCGUCACCACGACUACGUACGAGACCGAAACGACUGAUUCAGGUGAUCUCGUGAUCUAUGAGAAAAUCCACCGUCGGAUCUUCCGGACAGUUUAUCUGGGAGACCAGGUGAUGGAAGAAGUUGAGGAGCCAACCACGGAGCCAACAAUGACGAAGAAAACAGCCAAAGACAUUAAAGAACUCGUAAUGGACGUACAACUACCCGAGCCUAAGACGGAGGAGCAUGUGACAGAGAGCGUGGAUGAGCAGGGGAGGCGAGUCGUGAUCAAAACGGUGACGACGACCACUUACGAGAAGCAAAGCGAUGACGAGGGUAGCAUUGUGAUUUUGGAAAAGGUGCAGCGGCGAGUUCAUCGGACAAUUUAUGCUGGGGACGAAGUCAUUGAGCAGAUUGAUGAACCGGACAGUACCAGCAGCACCAAUGCUGUAGAAGUCAGUGAGGCUCCCGUCAAGGUAAGUAGCCGGCCGGACACAAAGGAGAUGCCUAAAACGACAACGGCUAAGACGGACGAGAUCCGUUUGCCCGAACCAUCGACUACAGAGGACGUUGUCGAGCACACAGAGCCUGAUGGACGUCGGGUGGUCACGCGAACCGUCACCACGACCACGUACGAGACCGAAACGACUGAUUCAGGUGAUCUCGUGAUCUAUGAGAAAAUCCACCGUCGGAUCUUCCGGACAGUUUAUCUGGGAGACCAGGUGAUUGAAGAAGUUGAGGAGCCAACCACGGAGCCAACAAUGACACAGAAAACAGCCAAAGACAUUGAAGAGCUCGUAGUGGACAUACAGCUACCCGAGCCUAAGACGGAGGAGCAUGUGACAGAGAGUGUAGAUGAGCAGGGAAGGCGAGUCGUGAUCAAAACGGUGACGACGACCACUUACGAGAAGCAAAGCGAUGACGAGGGUAGCAUUGUGAUUUUGGAAAAGGUGCAGCGGCGAGUUCAUCGGACAAUUUAUGCUGGGGACGAAGUCAUUGAGCAGAUUGAUGAACCGGACAGUACCAGCAGCACCAAUGCUGUAGAAGUCAGUGAGGCUCCCGUCAAGGUAAGUAGCCGGCCGGACACAAAGGAGAUGCCUAAAACGACAACGGGCAAGACGGACGAGAUCCGUUUGCCCGAACCAUCGACUACAGAGGACGUUGUCGAACACACAGAGCCUGAUGGACGUCGGGUGGUCACGCGAACCGUCACCACGACCACGUACGAGACCGAAACGACUGAUUCGGGUGAUCUCGUGAUCUAUGAGAAAAUCCACCGUCGGAUCUUCCGGACAGUUUACCUCGGAGACCAGGUGAUUGAAGAAGUUGAGGAGCCAACCACGGAGCCAACAAUGACACAGAAAACAGCCAAAGACAUUGAAGAGCUCAUAAUGGACAUACAGCUACCCGAGCCUAAGACGGAGGAGCAUGUGACAGAGAGCGUGGAUGAGCAGGGGAGGCGAGUCGUGAUCAAAACGGUGACGACGACCACUUACGAGAAGCAAAGCGAUGACGAGGGUAACAUUGUGAUUUUGGAAAAGGUGCAGCGGCGAGUUCAUCGGACAAUUUAUGCUGGGGACGAAGUCAUUGAGCAGAUUGAUGAACCGGACAGUACCAGCAGCACCAAUGCUGUAGAAGUCAGUGAGGCUCCCGUCAAGGUAAGUAGCCGGCCGGACACAAAGGAGAUGCCAAAAACGACAGCUGCUGAGAAGGACGAGAUCCGUCUGCCCGAACCAUCGACUACAGAGGACGUUGUCGAACACACAGAGCCUGAUGGACGUCGGGUGGUCACGCGAACCGUCACCACGACCACGUACGAGACCGAAACGACUGAUUCAGGUGAUCUCGUGAUCUAUGAGAAAAUCCACCGUCGGAUCUUCCGGACAGUUUACCUCGGAGACCAGGUGAUUGAAGAAGUUGAGGAGCCAACCACGGAGCCAACAAUGACAAAGAAAACAGCCAAAGACAUUAAAGAACUCGUAUUGGACGUACAACUACCCGAGCCUAAGACGGAGGAGCAUGUGACAGAGAGCGUGGAUGAGCAGGGGAGGCGAGUCGUGAUCAAAACGGUGACGACCACCACGUACGAGAAGCAAAGCGAUGACGAGGGCAACAUUGUGGUUUUGGAAAAGGUACAACGGCGAGUUCAUCGGACAAUUUAUGUUGGGGAUAAGAUUGUCGAGGAGUUCGAGGAACCUUCGAAAGAUCCAUGCACCGUCCACACGUCCGCCACCGAGAUGUCAAAGCUGCAAAAGGCUGUUGGUGAUUCGGAGAAUGUUGUGCUACCGGAACCGACGAUCGAGGAAACGACCGAGGAAUUUACUGAAGAUGACGGCCGCCGUGUUGUUGUCCAUACGACCAUCACGACUACGUACGAUAAGGUGGAGGAGAAUGGGCAUAUUGUUAUUGUGGAGCGCGUUCAGAAACGUGUGCGGAAGACCAUCUAUGUGGAUGGUGAGCUGGUCGACGUCAUAGAGGAGGUGCAUGGAAGUGCGGAUGAAUCUUCGUCUGCGGAGGAUGCACCUGCCCUCAUUGAAUGGAAUGAUGAGUCGGAUACCACAGCUGACACUCUGCCGAGCGAACCAGCGACACCUGUGAAGGUUCCAACGCCGCUCUCGCCUGGCGAUUCGAAACGGGACGCCACGUCCCAUCCUGCUGUAUCUUUCGUCCCACCGGCCAACGCUAAUGAAGAGCCUUCUCAGAAGCUUCCGGAAGAAGAUCGUGUGAUCGUGCACAAACUAGAAGAGUUCAUUCGUUACAUGCCGGCCAUAUCUGGGAAACUAGUUGAAGAGCCACAAGUGGAUGAAGAUCUGUAUGAAACGAUUGAAAACGGUAGAAAGGUCACGUACAAGACGAUUACGAUCACUAUCAUAGAGGAGAGGCAAAACAAAGAAGGAAAGCCCUCUACAGUAAAGCGACUGGUAAAGCAUAUCAUCAAGACGUCGGAUGUUAAUGGUAAGCCAGUGGUAGAGGAGCGUUCGGAGCCUGAAGUUGUGGAAGAACUUACAAGGGAUGCCUCUGUUCCAAAGGACACGGAAGCCCUGGCUUUGCCCCGAGACCUACCUGGACAUGACGUUAGAACUCCCUUUAAGAGUCCCAUUGAUGAAUCCGUGGAGAUUGCUGAGGAAGCAUUUGAAGACCCGCCGUCAUCUACAGCGGAAUCAGUGGGGCUUGUCCUGCGCCCGGAGCAACAGAUCAGCGCCACCAAACAGGACAGUAAGCCAUUAAAGUCACGGCCGGAGAAGACAAAGCCACCGAAGAAGACAAAAAAGAAGCGUGACAAACCUCCUACAGAAACCCCCCAUCCGGAACAGGUGGAUGGGAAAAGUGCCCCGGAACUCCUGCAGGAGGCGGCAUGUAGCGUGACGCCCGAGCAGGACCAGCUAGGUGAUGCGGAGGCUCCUGUGAUAAAGCAGGCUGUAGUUGUUUCCGAGCCGUCAUUCACUCCGAAAGCACAAUCCGAGGACGAGGUCAUUGCAGAUGCACUUCGCAGUGCUGAAGGUGAGGUAAGCGAACGGCCGACUGUGAGAACCGAGGUCGUGGAGUCCGUCGACCCUCAAGGCAGGCGGGUGGUGCUGAAACGCAUGUACAUCACUAUCGUUGAGGACAUAAUAGACGAGUUGGGCGUUGUUACCAAGAGAACGCGGGUCAUUCGGAAAGCGGUGAGAACCACGGUUGCUGCCGAUGGCACAGUGGCUGUGGACGUGGUCGAGGAGCCUGCGGAAGAAACUGACAACAUACCAUUGUCAGUAGAAGAGCAUGGACAUGCAUCGAAGGAGCCUGCGGCUCCGUACCUGAAAGCGGAAGAUUACGUUGCAUCGCUCGCGGCCGAAAAGGAUUGGUAUGACAAAGCAUUGAUUGACGAUGCUGAAACCGUAUACCAUACAAAACACGGCCGGGCACAGGCUAGCAAACAACAGGACAAUUCCACUGCUCCCAUGCAGACCACCGCAAACAUCAAGCCCGUUCAGGCUGAACAGCUGGAGGACAACGUAGCAUCAAAGGUAGCAGUGCCUUCGAAGUCUCAGGCUCAUCUUCCCUGUGGACUGCCUUGGCUCAAUACUUUUGAGAUAAAUGAAGCUGAAAGAGUGCACCAUGAAAGGACGGUGUCGCAAUUAGCACCACAUCGUCCUCUCAUGGAAGCUGAGGGGAAAACUCAGCAUGUUGACACUUCCCCUGAUGUUCAUAGCGUCGAAAAAGAUACAAAGCUUAGUUCUGUUAUCCUCCACGAAGAGGUCUCGCUCGACAUAUAUCCGCUCAGGGAUGCUGAACGCAAGUUCCAUGAAAGAAGGGUUGCACAGGAGACUAAAGCUCCUGAAAUGGCUGAAGUCCAUCCCGACCUUGGACAUGAAACAGAGGAACAUAAAGCGCCCAAAGAGGGCUCUAAAGACCCACCAGAAGUACAGCACGAACUGGGAAGUCACCGGGCCCUGGAAGCAGAUAUUCCCACCACUGAUCCCUCGCAAAAGCCUGCGUUUGAACCAAGCGAUGUCAGCCUUCUUUUGGAGGCUGAGAGGAGACCCGUCGAAGACAUCAGUAAUGUGAUGAAAAAGCGCUUUGAACAACCAGCGCUCAGCGUUGAGCCAAUCCCCAGAAAGGAGCCAACGGCUGUUGCCAUGGAAUUGCCACCUCAGUGGCCAGAAGCGGACACAAAAGCGAAACCGCAGCAGGCGGUUGGAGUGUACCAGACACUGUUUGACCAAAUGCGGCAUGAAACAACUCCAGAAGAGAAAUCGGCCAACGAUCUGCCCGAGCUCGACGACCUCCCUGCAGAGCAGCCACCUGAAAUUCCUCGAGAUAAGGUUGAGCAGCUGCAUGAGCUUCCUGAGCUGCGACCAGCCCCCAAGGACGAAGUGGAUCUGAACCUAGUACUUGGUCGCCUCAUUGAGGAGCCAGUGACACAGAUCCAGGGCAAUGCCAAGAAGAGGUCUGAGACUGACGUGGACCGGGAUGUGAUUGAGUGGCCACACCCAGACAAACGGCCCGAAACUACAGUUGAAGAGAUUCGCGUGGAUGCGUCGCCAAUUGAGAUGAUGGCUCAUCAGCUCGUAACGCCCAGCUCGGAGAGCGGCGGCUUGCCUCCACUGAGUGAACUUCUGCCGUCUGCCCGAAAGGAACCAUCUGGCUCGGUGGCAAGUACUGAGCAUGGUGAACCCAUGACUGGUACGGAGACAACAGGAUCGGCCGUAGAUGCCCAGACAGAUGAGCCAAGAGAGGUGGCACCGCAUGACGUGGAUGUCAAUGUGGAGAUCAUCGGGGAUACACCUGAGGUUAAGGAUCAAGCACCAGGUGUGCCGGAAGCGCCUAAAAAGCAAGGAUGGUUCUCGAAAAUCAGUAACUUCAUCACAGGUGACAACGAAGCCCCAAAAGACAAGGACGAUGCGUCUUCCAUGCCUGUAUCUGCUCCUAUUCAUUCUGAACCGGCUGUAAAGAAGCAAGAAGUCGCUGACGUAAGUCCCAGCGUCGAAAAACAUGCAAAAAUACCUUUGUCUGCUGACCCGGGACCGUGUGUAACGGAAGAGGAAGUGACCCAGACGUUGGAGGCCACCCCAGUGAUGGCUGUUGAAAAGAACUUAAGUGGUUCCCCUGAAGAAACCAAUGAUUCCGAUAUAAUUGAAAGUGCGUUGGCUGAGGUCACUGGAAUCAUGGUUGAGAAACCUAAAGUUGAGGCUUACAUAGAAGAAACUACAGACAGGCAUGGACGGAAGGUCAUUAUCCGACGUGUUUUUGUGACUGUUGUUGAAGAAGUUGUCGACGAAACUGGAAACAAGGUGACCAUUAGUCGUGUGAUCAAGAAGCAGAAGCGCUGUACGAAAUUGAAUGGACAAGAAAUUGUCGAGAUUUCCAACAUCCCGGAGUGCAAAGAAGAAGGAAUAGAACAGCAGCCUCAUGACGAGGUCCUGGAACAUGCUGUACAAGACACGAUGCUGCAGAAGAAGCCACACGCUACUAAUGAUCAAGUUCCGUCCGUCGCGACCGUCACUGAGCCUUUGACGAGCCUCAGUGAUGCCGAAACUAUAUCCACGCUUUUGCCGGCGUCUGGAAACCUUAUGGUUUCAGAACCUGUUGUCGAACGAGAUGUCACUGAGACUGUGGACCGCUUUGGUCGGAAAGUGACAGUUGUGAGAGUGUACAUCACGGUUUGGGAAGAGGUUAUUUCGGAAACUGGGGAAAAGAUUGUACAGAAACGGCGAGUAUCAAGCGCCCAGAAAGUUACGAAUCUUCCCAGUGGGCCCGUGGUAGAGAGGAUAGAUGAGCGGGAUCUUGGCGAGAUAGAAAAACUAGAUCCCAACUCAGGGACGGCCUCAGAUGCGAAGCCUGUGGAGAGACCUUUGAUGGGCCAGACGGACGAGCAGUUAGUUCAGUUGCUCCUUCCGAAAGAAGGCAAUUUUGUCGGAACACCUGAAGUUGAAAGAUUUGAGAAAGAGGUAGUGGAUGAGAAUGGCCAGAAGACGAGGGUUGUACGUAUCUACCUGACCAUUGUUGAGGAAAUUGUAACAGAGUCAGGCACCAAACAACUGGUGAGGAAACGGAUAUCCAAAACUCAGAAGAGCGUCGACAUGGAUGGCAAUGCCGUGACGGAAGACACUGAUGACCCAAUAGUCAUCGAAACAUUGAACGUGGAAGAAAGUACGGCGGGUGCGAAACCCGUGGAAAAGGAGGAAAUUGUGUCAGCAACGCCAGCAGUGGAGGAAGGGGAUAUUCCGAAGCUCACUGUGCAAGAACCUGAUGAGACGACAAAGGUUGCUGUUCGGGAGGCCUCGGAGCCAUCUGUGAAAACAGACAAGCAGCACAGAGAUAAGCCUUCGAAAAAACAUUCCAAAAAGCAGCCAAAGGCUCCGGAGGAGCCUUUGGAUCCUUAUUCAGCGUCUUUGGACCCCAAGAAAGUUGAGGAAGAGCUGCUGCAGCUGUUAAUGACUCCGUCUAAAGAGGAUAAGAAACGCAAGCCUCGCAAGCGAAGUCGUAGGAGGAACAACGAUGCCGCGAAAUCACAGGAGUUGUCCAACUCCUCGGAGGAAAGCCCGAAACCGCCGGAAUCAGCCCCGGCAUCCGUGUCCGACGGGCACGACCUCAUCGUUGAGGUAAAUGAUCCAGUGUAUGGACAUGCAGUUGUUGUUACUCACUUUGACGAAGUGGAAAAUGACAAAGAAUCCGAUCAUGAAACAUACUUCAAAGACUCUUCAGUGCCUGUGUUGGAAUCUGCAGCCAGUGAGGAGAAGCAGGACGCGUCGCAAAAGAAAAAGCACCGAAAGAAGAAGCGGGUGAAGCGGAAGGGUGAAGAGUCCGUCCAAGGAGCGGAGCCGACGAUUAUGGAUCCACAGUUCCCCAAUGAGGAGUCGGUGGAAACCUCGGAAGCGGAGGCCCGACCGGACGACACAGCAUCUACAGUGUCGUCCCACGAGACUACGGAAGACUCAAACUCGCUCCACGUCGAGCGGAAACGCCCACGACGCCGGAGUCGGCAUCGCAGCAAGUCACCUCGGCCAAAGGAGGAUACGGAAUUGGAUGACAUCGUUCGCAUGAUUGAGGACCCUAAUAUUCAUCCAGAAUAUCCAACGGACCAUUCCAAAAAGCCUGCAGAUGCACCUGACAAAAAGAAACCAGGCAAAAACCACAGGUCAAAAGCGUCACAGGAGAAAACAAAACGGGAUAAAAGGCCCACUUCGGAUGAGCCUACGGAGUCAGAUGAAUUGGGUGAGAAACUGGAUGAGUUCAGUGUUGAUACGGUAACGGAGCCAAAGGAAGACGUUAUUGCUGAGGUUCUUAUGGUCAUUGACGAACCUCAGACUAUUGCUGCAGAUGAGAGGUCUCAAGCUGGAACUGAGUCGGAAAAAACCUUGAGCCAAAAUUUGGAGCAAUCAUCUGACGUUGAGGUUGCGGACGACGCUCUUGAAGCGGCCAUUGUUGUCGACUCUGUACCUCAGCAUGCGGAAGACGUAAAAGGAAGUCGGUCAACCAAGAAAACAAAAUCAAAAAAGAAAUCUCACCACAUAGAAGUUCCCCAAGCUCCCGCCACUGAAAAGUCUGAGCCUGCUGUGGUCGCCAAGAGCGUCACACCUCACGAUUCAGGAGCAUCUGAACCUAAGGAGGUAGGGGAUAAGGCAUCCCAACCAACACAGUCUUCGGAAAGUGACUCCCAACUACCCCAAGAUGCCAAACCUGCCAAGGAUACAGGCUCACUACCGAAACAGCCCGGCAAACAGCCUAAACAGAGAAAGGCUGACAAAAAACUGCCCACUGGACCUGACAGUAGUGCCGUCAAAGACGAUACUGCAGUUGUGCAGGCCCAGCCCGUGACCCAUGCAGAAGAGGCUGCAACCGAUGAUGCUAAACGAGAACCCGUCAAUGGCAAGAAGUCCACAAAGAAAUCCAAAAAGAAGGACAAACAUGUCAAGCCAGCGGUAAAACAUGGGGACUCGAUUGAGAUCGCUGAAGAGGCAUCCGAGUCCUUGUUUUUGUCACCUCAGAGAGAUGACAGUAGCGCGCUCCCCGGCGAUGGGGCCGGGACGGAUGUCAAAACGCCGGGUCUUGGGAAUGCCGAGGCAGCCGUGAAGGAAACUCAGAUUGUAGAGGGAGUUAAGGAAUUGCAGUCUGUGUCGGCCAUAAGUCCUGCAGAAGAAAGUGAAGCAGAAAGACUCGUUGUUCAGGAAAUCCUUGCUCCUCUUGAUGGAAAGUAUGUGGAAAAACCAGAUGUGCAGAUUUCUACCGAAACGUCAGUUGACGAGAACGGUCAAACAGUAUACAUUAAACGCAUUCGCGUUACGAUAGUGGAAGAAAUCAUUGAUGAACAAGGUAAUACCGUUACUAGGAGGCGUGUUAUAAAGAAGGUCAGAAAAACGACGCCAGAGGCCGGAAAGCCUCUCACAGAAGAGUUCGUGGAGCCAGAAGAAAUCGAGCUGGUGUCGAUCCCCGAAGUGCCAAAGCACGAAGACGUGUCCGAUAUGGUUUACCGCGUCACAACUGAAACGACUAGUCUGUCGCGGGAACAGACGCCCCCGGAGAAGCAGGAGACUAUCGAUCAAUAUGUUGACGAGCAGGGUCGUCAGAUCAAGGUUCGCAAGAUCGUUCAGACAGUUACGGACACGGACAGUGAGGGGAACCGGGUGCAGCGAGUGGUGACGAGGAUUGUGCGCAUGGUUCUGGUGAAUGGCGAAGAGAUCCCAGUGUCGGACGUACAAGAUGACGCAUCUUUACAAACUUUGGAGUUCGAUGUUCAGAGGCGACCCGCUGAGGCCUUGGAUAGCCAGAUCGUUAGCCACGUCCACAGGACGUCGCGCGAAGACCAAACGCUGGAUCGAGAGGCUUCAUUGCCCCUUGCGACGGAGCACCCUACCGAACAGCUGCCUACAGCAGACCUGCACCGGUUGCAGGGGCUCCCGCUAUCCACGCGUGAAGUGCGGACCGUGGAAAGCGCCACGCCGUUGGAAGAUGCCUCCAAGCCGGCGGACCAUCGCGGAGAAGCCACGAGCCCGGAACCGACCACCGAUUUUGUGGUAGUGGACUACCAGGAACCGGUCGAAAUUGCCGCACUCCAUCCCGACUCCGCAGCGCCUGAGAUGGGUCAGGGCCUGACACGAGUGGAGGAGCCAGCGGCGACCUUGCCAGACGUGGGCGUGAGUGUGGUAUUCGAUAGGGAGGGUCAGGUGAGAGAAGCGCGUGACCCACGUGGCGUGGGCCAGGUCGUUCUGUCUGAGAGAGACGCACUGGUGGGUGUAGCUCAGCAACCCGUCGAAGAGUCCGUUGCUGGGGAGAACGACAUGCGCCCUGAGUCUGCAGUUGGAAUGGAGCGGCUGGAUGCUACGGGAACGGCAGCCUCUGAAGCUUUGGAAGCAACGUACGAGAAAGAAUCACCUCUCCAUAUUCCAAAAAUGGAGGCGAGUCGCCAGGCUGUGGUUGAGGUUCCUCGUCUUGAACCUGUUGGCGUUGUAGCUACCGAGCUGGAAGAGAGACCAGUGGCAAGCGACGCAAAGCCUGUACCUGAGAAGGAGGUGGCCACUGUUUCGAGUGAGCGCGUGGUGAGGUCAGCUGCAGAUAUCACCGACAUGGAGCCUCUUGAUACGACAGAAGACCAGCGUACAAAACUUGCCUCAUCUGAGGAGUUCGGAAAACCAACGGAUGUCGGUGCUGAGUACGUGGUUUGUGAAAUUCAGCAAUCAGUGGAAAAUGCCCAACUUACUGACACAACACACAUCCCUCAAGGAAAGGCUGGUGUAAUCCAGGAGGUUCCGGAUAAGCAAGCAGCUGAUAUCACUACUACAGUUCCACUGGAACGAGAGGCAGAUCUUUCCCCCGGGGUCGAAACUCGAACGGCCAUCGAAGAGACGGAGGGCGAAGAUUUUGCUAUCCCGGAGGACACGGUGAAGGAAGAGGAAAGGGAGUUUGUGGAUGAGAACGGUCGGAGGGUUGUCGUCAGGACAACCACUGUAACAACAUAUGAGAAACGCGAAUUGGAGGAUGGUACAUGUGAAGUGGUCAAGCGCGUUCAGCGACGGAUUAAGAAACUGAUUUAUGAUCAAGGACACUUGGUACAAGAACUUCAAGAAGAGGAGGGAUCCGGCGAUGGAUCCGACGAUCGGCAACUCGACUUGACCUUGCCAGAGCCUACCAAGCGGGAGGAGGUCAGCGAAACAACGGACGAACUCGGCCGACACGUGGUGAUCCGAACCUAUCAUCACCACUACGUUUGA